AUGCCCUCACCCACAUUCCUCUUCUCCUGCUUUUGUUUGCAAUUUUCCACCAUCCGCAGGCAGAGCCAAUCCUCGCCCGUUAUUUGUCCAUAUAUGCUAAGCGAGCUUCUACCACCACUCGCGGCUCCGUCCUUCGAUCAGAAUCUCUCCCUCUCUCUUUCUCCGCAACGUGUUCUCCCCUUCGCCCUCGUGCCCCGUCCUCGACGACCUCAACGACCGCUCGCCAAGAUGAAGUUCCUCGUCCCCCUGGCCCUGCUCAUCGCCGCCGGCGUCUCUGCCGACGACAAGACAGGCAACGACAACAAGAGCGACUGCCUUGCCGACUACAUCGUCGCUGAGUGCCUCUCCAGCGAAGAAAAGAAGGCCAAGGACUGCGCGCCCGCAGACUGGGACUGCCUCUGCGCCGCGUACGAAGCCAUCGCCACCUGCUACAACAACUGUCCCAAAGACGCCCGUGCCGGACCCGCCCAACAGCAAGUCUCGACCUACUGCGCCAACGCCUCCCUCUACGGCUCAAAGGCCAUGCACUCCAAGACGGCCACCGGGUCCGCCUCGAGCUCCGGUGCCGCCGCCUCCGCAACGGCUACCGACUCCUCCAGCUCCAUCACCGGCACCGAGAUCUUCCCCACCAAGACGACUGGCGGCUCGUCCGCCGGCGCCACCAAGACCAACGCCGCGGAGCCCCUCGCCGGCAACGCGGGCGGUCUCUUCGUCGCCCUCGCCGGCGCCGUGGCCGCUCUUCUGUAA